AUGGAUGUCAAGACUAUCAUUCCCGACCUCGAGAGGCUGGACGGCACAAUCGACGACCUUGAGGAGUCACUGGAGCCCCUUCUCAAGGGUCUUCCUGAGAUGUCCUCAGAACUCCCGUUACUGGACAAGGCGAAGCUCAUGACCUUGACAGCUUACUCCAUCGAGUCACUUCUUUUCUCCGCUCUGCGUUUGCAAGGAGUCGAUGCCGCCAACCACGAAGUCAUGACUGAGCUCAAGCGAGUGAAGCAAUACUUUGCCAAGAUUCAGAAGGCCGAGGAGCCCCCGGCGCAGCGCACAACAUCAGUAAAUACGGAAGCAGCAACUCGCAUUCUCAAGGCCGACCUUGGCAGCAAUAGCAAGGACCUGAAGCAGAAGUUGGAAGAGAAGCUCGCGGAGGAGCGCGCCAAGGCUCUCCUCAAUUCUAUCCAAAAUAGUAAGAGGCCUGCCCAGGACGACACAAGUGCCGGCCAAGGAAAGAAGCAGCGAGGCGACGCGUCCGCAUCCAAUGGCGGAUCUCGCCAGAAGAACAAGAAGCGGAAGGCUUGA